AUGAACGAGCUCACUGAGGGGUUGCGAAGCACUCAUUUAAGUGACGGAUCUGAUGCACUUGAUCGGCCCGAAGAGACAGAUCAUCUGGAACAGCUACCAUUCUAUCCCCCAAGAAGCCUGGGAACAACUCAAAAAAGACUACCCCGUUUCCUCUUUCGGAUCGCCACUCCUGAGUCAGAUGGAAGUACGAAUAAAAUUUGGGUGAAAUCACAGGCCGCCAAGGAUAACAGGCCUUCGUCUACAGAAGAUAUCUUUUCCAAUUUCACCAUCAAGAAACGAACAAACAUAGCUGAGAUACUCAAGGUACAUCUCCGAUGGUGGCCAAAGUAUGACCUAGACGAUAAUUUCGUCUCAUGGACUAGCUCGCUCCUCUUCGCUAUCCAGUAUAUCUACUAUCGACACCUAAGCAAAAAGAACCGCUCAAGUCUUGCGAAUAUCAAGUUGUAUGUUAUCGAUACAACUAAGUUCCCCAAAGGUACUUUCAUGCGGGACUUGGAUCUAAUUAAUAUCUUCUGCGAAUACGACCAGAGUGAGGAAUAUAAGAGUUUGAGACGGGUGAAGACUUGGCGCGACGGAGACCUCUACUUCGGAGAAUACCUUUCACAGGGAGCAUUGAAGAUUGAAAAUAAAUGUCAGGUUAUUCCAGCGGAUCUCAUUUUUCAAAAUAAUCGACUGCGUCGUAUACAACCAAAUUUUGCUGAGCCCGGAGAAAAGGAAGGAGACUGGGCCAAAGAAGUUAUUCGCCUUCGUAAAGAUAUAUGGUCAAGCUCUGACCUCCCGGUGCUUUCUUCGGCGGAUAUGAUAGACCGGUUGAAGGCCAUCGAAGAGAUUUUGGAAAAUGUUGAACCGAUCUGGAGAUACCCUAUCGCCAUCUAUUUGGCAGGGCUGACUGGCCCGAUGUUGUGGGGGAAGCUUGACCAGGAAACACCGGAUGAUUCGGCGUUCUUUUCAUUCUUCCAAUCUGGGCUCUUGCAAGAUGACCGUGAGUUUUUAAGAACUUGA